UUAUAAUGAGCUUGUGAUGGGAAGGAAUAAUCAUAAUGUUUCCCUUUGAUCAAUUGUUGCUUCAUGUCAAAAGCCAUUACUUAUACCGAUCAUAUUCACCUUUGUUUUUGCUUUUUUCAUUGUCGUUUUCAUAUCUAACUCACAACCCAUGUAAUCUCCAUCAAACAUGAUCCACUAUAGCUUGUUCCAUAUAUACACCCCAUCCCUUGGUUACUCACUCAAUUAAGUAAUCCACUGGGGAUUCUGUUAUGUAUUUUUCAUAUAUAAAACCAAACAAGCUAGGGUCUUUCAACUAUUCUCAUAUGAAUUGAUAAGUUGGUCACUAGAAAGAAGCACAGCCUUCUUUAUCUCCCAAAAGAUUCUAACUUUCACUUUCUCAUUCAGCUUCAUUUAUAGACUCAUGUCUUGACUCAAUCAAGUAACUUGACAUCCACUAGGGUUUCUUUAUGUUUCAUGCAUAAAAACGGAACAAGCAUCUUUUCGCUCUUUUGCUUGUAAACUCUGAGUUGGUACUUAUAAACACAAACCCGUCUUCUUUUCCACUAAAAGAUACUAACUUUCACUUAACUUGCAUCCGUACACUCGGGUUCCCAUUCCAUGAAGAAGCAAUCAAUCCACUAGGGUUUCUUUAAGUUUCGUGUACAAAACCCAUAAAAGUAUCUUUAUUCCCUUCCUAUAUAAGCUUUGAGUAGGUGUUCGAAAGCACAAACCAUAAGACACCCUCCUUCUCUUUCUGUCAAAAGAUUCCUACUUUAUCUGUUUACAUUCACAUCCAUAUACUGAUCAGAUCCUAGCUUGAUCAAGAAAUCAAGAAAACACCACUAGGGUCUAUUUUAGUCUUUAUAAUAGAAACCGAAGAAGGAUCUUUCUUUUCACUCUUGUGAUAUAUCUAGACUAAUUUUGGUUGGUGACCAGAAGAAAAUUAAGUAGUUAAAAAGGCAAUGGGGUACCUUCAAUCUUCAAGUACAAGUGGUGGUGUUGGCUCUCACUUGUAUUCUCAAGCACUUCAAAUGAAAUUAUACCAAGCAUUCAUAUUUUCCAUCCCAAUACUCUUCUCCAUAAUACUUUUCCUCUUGUUUUACUUGUUCUACCUCAAAAAAACUUUUAGCAACACCAAUUCUUCGUCUUCUUCAUCUAUACUCCAUCUAAGAACCUCAAGGAAUCAAGCUGAUUCUUCAACUCUUCAUCAAUAUAGCGAUAUGGGAUCGAAGAUAAACCUUGAAGACAAGCUCAGUGUGAUCUUGUUUGAUGAAGAUUUAUACACAAAGGAUUCAAUGUGUUGUGUUUGUCUUGGAGAUUUUGAGAUGAAUGAGAAGCUACAUCAAAUACCAUCCUGCCAUCACAUGUUCCAUGGUGAUUGCAUUAGAAACUGGCUCCAUUCCAACACCACAUGUCCACUCUGCAGAUGCUCAGUCGUCAAUAAUGCCGCCAAAGACAGCCACCAAGAGCCGCCAGUGGUUCCUGAACCAGCCACCAUGACCAACAUGAGUUCGAGCUUACAAAGAGUUCCUUCAGAACAUAGUGUGAUCAUCAUAUUUGACGAAGGGUCAUCAUCUAGUUCAAGUAUGGACGACAAGUCACAUCCAAAUCAAGAAUCUGUUGUUAUUAAUGUUCCUUAUCCAUGAUUCUUGGAUUUGCAUGAAAGUAAUUUUGCUAGAAGGGUAGAAUAGUCAUUACUCUUUAGACUAGAUCAAUAAUACAUGCUUCAAUGUUGUACCAAUUGUCAUCCAAGUUGUAUGUACGUACAAGAUCACUCAUGACUUUGGUAGUAAUAGUUAGGCUUUAAUUACAAAUAAACUGUGACCUAUGAACUACGAUAGAAAACAAGAUAUGAGAUUUGGCCACCUUUUGUCACUUUUUUCA